AGACAGCCAGAUCCUCUGGAGAAGCUCUCACCCACCAACAUGGGUCCCUGCCACAGGGCCCUGCACCCCCUGUCUCUCCUGGUGCAGGCUGCUGUACUGGCUGAGGCCUUGGCCCUGGGUGCUCUGCCUGCCUUCCUGCCCUGCGAGUUCCAACAGGGUGGCCUGGUGAACUGCAACUGGCUGUUCCUGAAGUCCGUGCCCCACUUUUCUACAGCAGCACCCCGUGGUAAUGUCACCAGCCUUUCCUUGCUUUCCAACCGCAUCCACCACCUCCAUAACUCUGACUUUGUCCACCUGUCUAACCUGCGGCGUCUCAACCUCAAGUGGAAUUGCCCCCCGACCAGCCUCAGCCCCAUGCAUUUCCCCUGCCACAUGACCAUCGAGCCCAACACCUUCCUGUCUGUGCCCACGCUGGAGGACCUGAACCUAAGCUACAACAGCAUCACCACUGUGCCCGCCCUGCCCAACUCCCUGGUGAAGCUGACCCUGAGCCACACCAACAUUCUGACACUAGACCACACCAGUCUUGCUGGCCUGCAUGCCCUGCGCUUUCUAUUCAUGGACGGCAACUGCUACUACAAGAACCCAUGUAGGGGGGCACUGGAGGUGGCCCCAGGUGCACUUCUUAGCCUGCACAACCUCACCCACCUGUCGUUCAAGUAUAACAACCUCACAGCAGUCCCCCGCAACCUGCCCCCUAGUCUGGAGUAUCUGCUACUGUCCUACAACCACAUUGUCAAACUGGUACCUGGGGACCUGGCCAAUCUGACUGCCCUGCGAGUACUUGAUAUAGGUGGGAACUGCCGCCGCUGUGACCAUGCCCGCAACCCUUGUGUGGAGUGCCCUGACACCUCUCUCCAGCUACACCCUGAGACCUUCAGCCAUCUAAGUCAUCUUGAAGGCCUGGUGUUGAAGGACAGUUCUCUCCACACACUUAACCCCAAAUGGUUCCAAGGUCUAGGUAACCUCACAGUGCUAGACCUGAGUGAGAACUUCCUCUAUGAAUGCAUCACCACAACCCUGGCCUUCCAGGGCCUGGCACGGCUGCGCAAGCUUAACCUGUCCUUCAAUUACUGCAAGAGGGUGUCCUUUGCCCACCUGCACCUGGCACACUCCUUUGGGAGCCUGAUCUCACUGGAGGAGCUGAACAUGAAUGGAAUCUUCUUCCGUUCACUCAAUGAGAAAACGCUUAAGCCACUGACCCAUCUACCUCUUCUCCACACUCUGCAUCUACAAAUGAACUUCAUCAACCAGGCCCAGCUCAGCAUCUUCGGGGCCUUCCCUGGCCUGCACUUUGUCGAUCUUUCAGAAAACCGCAUCAGUGGAACUUCAGAGCUGACAGUCACCACUGGGGAGGGAAAUGAUUGGGAGCAAGUCCAACUGUGGUCUAGGGACCUUGCUCUAGCCCCACUGGACAGCUCUGGCUCUGAAGAUUUCAUGCCUAGCUGUAGGACCCUCAAAUUCACCUUGGACCUGUCUCGGAACAACCUGGUGACAGUUCAGCCAGAGAUGUUUUCCAACCUCUCACACCUCCAGUGCCUCAGCCUGAGCCACAACAGCAUUGCACAGGCAGUCAAUGGCUCAGAGUUCCGGCUGCUGACUAGUCUGCAGGUGCUAGACCUUUCACAUAACAAACUGGACCUGUACCAUGGGCGCUCGUUCACAGAGCUGCCAAACCUGAAGGCUCUGGAUCUCAGCUACAACAGCCAGGCCUUCAGCAUGCAGGGUGUAGGCCACAACCUCAGCUUUGUGGCCCAGCUGCACACCCUGCACUUCCUCAGCCUGGCAUACAAUGACAUCCACAGCCGUGUGUCACAGAGGCUCUGCAGCACCUCACUGCGGGCCCUGGACUUCAGUGGCAAUGUGGUGAGCCGUAUGUGGGCUGAGGGAGACCUCUAUCUCCAUUUCUUCCAAGGUCUGAGAGGCUUGCUCCGACUGGACCUGUCCCAGAAUCAGUUGCAUAUCCUCUUGCCCCGCACCCUGAACAACCUCCCCAAGAGCCUGCAGCUGCUGCGUCUCCGUGACAAUUACCUGGCCUUCUUCAACUGGAGCAGCCUGGUCUUCCUGCCCAACCUGAAAGUCUUGGACCUGGCAGGAAACCAGCUGAAGACCCUGAGCAAUGGCAGCCUGCCCAACGGCACCCAGCUCCAGAAGCUGGACCUCAGCAGCAACAGCAUAGGCUCUGUGGUCCCAGGUUUCUUUGCCCUGGCAGUGAAGUUGCAAGUGGUCAACCUCAGUGACAAUGCCCUUAAGACAAUUGAGUCCUUCUGGUUUGGGCCACUGGCUGGUUCCCUGAAAACAUUAGACGUGAGUGCCAACCCUUUGCACUGCGCCUGUGGGGCGGCCUUUGUGGAUUUCCUGCUGGAGGUACAGAAUGCCGUGCCUGGCCUGCCCAGCCGUGUGAAGUGUGGCAGCCCGGGCCAACUGCAGGGCCGCAGCAUCUUCGCGCAGGACUUGCGCCUCUGCCUGGAUGAGGCCUUCUCCUGGGACUGCUUUGGCCUCUCGCUGCUGGCUGUGGCUCUGGGCCUGACUGUGCCUGUGCUACAGCACCUAUGCGGCUGGGACCUCUGGUACUGCUUCCACCUGUGCCUGGCCUGGCUUCCCCUGCGGCGCGGCGCCCACGCCCUGCCCUACGAUGCCUUCGUGGUCUUCGACAAGGCGCAGAACGCGGUGGCCGACUGGGUGUACAACGAGCUGCGGGUGAGGCUAGAGGAGCGUCGCGGGCGCCGCGCGCUCCGCCUUUGCCUGGAGGAGCGGGAUUGGCUGCCAGGCAAGUCACUCUUUGAGAAUCUGUGGGCCUCGGUGUAUGGCAGCCGCAAGACGCUCUUUGUGCUGGCCCACACGGAUCGGGUCAGUGGCCUCUUGCGCACCAGCUUUCUGCUGGCCCAGCAGCGCCUGCUGGAGGACCGCAAGGACGUCGUGGUGUUGGUGAUCCUGCGCCCCGACGCCCGCCGCUCUCGCUAUGUGCGGCUGCGCCAGCGCCUCUGCCGCCAGAGCGUCCUCUUUUGGCCCCACCAGCCCAGCGGGCAAGGCAGCUUUUGGGCUCAGCUGGGCACGGCCCUUACCAGGGACAACCGCCACUUCUAUAACCGGAACUUCUGCCAAGGACCCACGGCCGAAUAGUGUUGGCCUCACCUCCAUGCCGCGCUGCCUGUCCGGGCAGCUCCACUGCUUUGCUCCCCAUCCGCACACCUGACACAGAGCAGGCAAUCCGUCUGCUACCGAGCAGGGUGCUCUGACCCAUGCCUGUAAU